AUGCAGUUGAACAGCUCAGCCUCGCAGCAGAAGAAGUCCAACCCCAAGACAGAGCUCACUGAGGAGCUGAAACAGGAGAUCAGAGAGGCCUUUGAACUGUUUGACACCGACGCCUCCGGAUACAUCGAUGUCAAGGAGCUAAAGGUUGCUAUGAGGGCGCUGGGGUUCGAGCCGAAGAAAGAGGAGAUUAAGAGGAUGAUAACAGAGGUGGAUAAGGACGAAACAGGAAAGAUCUCCUUCUCUGACUUCCUCACCGUCAUGACUCAGAAGAUGGCUGAGAAGGAUUCUAAGGAGGAGAUCCUGAAAGCAUUCCGUCUGUUUGAUGAUGAUGAGACGGGGAAGAUCUCCUUCAGGAACCUGAAGAGGGUCGCUAAGGAACUGGGAGAGAGCCUGACUGACGAGGAACUGCAGGAGAUGAUUGAGGAGGCAGACAGGGAUGGAGACGGAGAGGUGAACCAGGGAGAGUUCCUCCGCAUCAUGAAGAAGACCAGCCUGUACUGA